AUGGCAUUGCGGGGCCCGGGCCCAGCACCGGCCAGUGACAGCCCAGCGACGCUGCGUGUGGCAUGGAUUGCCGAUCCGAAGAAGUUCGGAUCAAAGCCCGGAUAUCCGAAGCCAAGCCUCCGCGACCGUUUGCAGAAAGAGGCCGGCUGGUCAUUCGUGCGGCUGACUCCCGAAGAAGUGCGCAAGGGUGCGUUGCUGACGAGCUCUUACGACGUCUUCAUUGUUCCCGGUGGAUAUGCACCGAACUUUGCUGCAGCAUUGGGCGAUCUCGGUGGCGAACGCAUUCGAGACUUCGUCAAGGCUGGCGGUGGCUACGUCGGCAUUUGCGCAGGGGCAUACCUCGGCACCUCGUGGGGCUACGACCUCCUUCCCGUGAAUGUUCUGGACAUUGACCACUGGGAUCGUGGCAAGACUGAUGCUUGCGAGUUGAGUGCAACAGAUGCUGGAAGGCGAAUUGCUGGCAAAACCCUGCCAGCAACGUUCGCCGUACGCUAUGCCAACGGGCCACUUCUGGAGAUCCUGGACUCCUGUGUGGAGUCCUUUGUCGAUUUUCAGUCGCAACUUCGCGGGAAGCGGGGUACAUAUCCACCGUUGAUGAAGGGCUCUCCAGCUCUUCUCGGUGGGCCUCUCGGUAAAGGCCGAGUGCUCUUAGUCUCACCGCACAUCGAAGGCACCAAGGAGCUGGGCGACUGCUUCCGCAGCUUCGUGCGCUGGACGGCCGAAGCUGGCCAGCCGGACAUAACCGCCGCGACAAAGCCAGCAGCGGCUCCAGCGGUGUCAGAUGCGAGUGCGACACAGCCCAGCAGCGUGCCUCUAGCGGCACCGGAAGUACCCAAGGAAGCGCCGAAGGCAACGGAGGCAGAGAUUGUCGAAAUUUUCCGGAAGUUUGACCUUAACGGAGACAGCCUGCUGGAUGCAUCGGAGCUAGAAGCACUGCUCAGUAGCCUGGAUGAGGAGGCGGAGCUUGGUCGUGGAUUGGUGGAGCUCAUCGCUAAGAUGAGGCUCCAAGAGAGCAAAGGCAUUCCGUACGAGGAGUUAGUUGCUUGGGUCUUUGGAGCCCCGUGCUCCUUCGACCGUCCCGAUGUCGAAACCGAUGGGGAGGAAGAUGCCAUCAUGGACAAGAUGUCCAUGGUGCGAAUGCAAUGCCUGGCUCAGUUCCACAGCGCGGAGGAGACUGGAGCCGAGCCAGGACCACCACAGCUGACACGGACUUGCAGUGACUGUUGCGGAGGAAAGCAGCAGGUCGUGUCCAACGAGCGCUUGGAGGCCUCCGUCGUUGCUAUCCAACGCGCAGCCCGUGCGCGGACGAUGAGCAAAGGUGCAGAAGACAUCGGCCAGACCAUGUCUCAAGCCGAAAAGAGGGAGACCCCGGAAGCCACGGCCAAGCCCAAGGCAGUUCCCAAAGCAACUCCGAAAGCUCCAGCUCCCAAAGCUCCUCCUUCGGGGCCCAUUCUGAAAAAGGGCCUCGACUACAUUUAUUGCCUCGGCGGCCCGGUACUGAUCACCGCACCUCAUUCAAUCAAGAUCCUCCGUGGCGGCGGUGACACCCAGGAGCGAACUCGCAACCACAAGCGCGAGCGCUGGACGGCAGAGAUCUCCAUGAUCGUGGCACGAGAGCUGUGUCGUGCGGGCUUGCCGGCAUCCGUGAUGGUCUGGAAUCGUGCGGCGGGCCCCGGCCAUGGGCGACUGGAUCCCAACUACCUCCUGGCCUCACAAUUCCGCCUCUCGCCCUGGCAUCGGGCACUGCACCGCUGGGCCACUACUGUAGGGGGCGGCGGGCCAGGCUCAGGGGCGGGCAUCCCGCUGCUGCACGUGGAUCUGCAUGGGAAAGUCUCGGAGAAGCUGCACCUGGAUUUGGGCGCGGCGCCCCUGGAGGAGGUGUGGCCUGCCUCGGACCAAAGCUUCGUGAGGGCCCUGAAAUACAACUUCUGUGCCAAGCUGGACAAAGUGCUGGCUGACUGCCGUGUCCUGUCCUUGAAGGGGAAGCAGAUCAAAGUAGAUGCGGACCCCUGUUUGCACGGCUUCUGGGGAGAAGACACCGUGACCACCAUCUCCCACCAGUCGGUUCUUCUCGGCAUUCCUGCAGUUCAGUUUGAGAUGCCACCGCGACUGAGGGAGCAACUGGUCAGGGACCCGGAGCUUGGUCGGCGCUUUGCCGAUGCCAUCGCGGAGAUUUACCGAGACGUGGCCGAGAGCCCAGAAAGGCUUGAGGCUAUGUGGGGUGCUCUUCACAAUGGGUCCUGGAUUCCGAGAUUGGCAUAUCCUAACGAGUCAAAUGCUCACGAGGUGGUUUUCUUGGGUGCUUUGCCACGGCCGCUAGGAUUGUGGUUGGAGGCUCUUGGUAGGGCAUCACGGCCCCCCUCGAAGAACCUGACGGCAUCUCGUGGUUUCCAAGUGUUUCUUGUGUUGCUCGUGGUAUCGGUGGAGGAGACUCCACCACCUGGAGGCAUGGAGCAGUUUGAGCCCUGGGCCAACCAAAUGGUCGACGAGUUCCUGCAGGUUCUGCGAGACUCGCAACUGGCAGUUCACAGGCUCAGAUCAGGCUGUUGCACAGGGGGGGCCAGACCUGCUGGUCAGCGCAGAGGCGGCCA